UAUUAUUGCAUUGUCGACAUAUUUUCUGGAAGUGAAGCAAAUAUGGCAUACUCUCAACUUCAAAAGGUGGAAGCUAAUGUGCACAUCAAGGCUUCUGCUGAUCAGUUCCAUAAUGUUUUAUGCAACAGGACACACCAUAUUGCCAACAUUUUCCCUGGAAAAGUACAGUCUGUUGAAAUUCAUAAAGGUGAAUGGGGCACUGAGGGAUCCGUCAUCUCCUGGAAUUAUUUACAUGAGGGCAAAGUUUGUGUGGCUAAGGAGAUGGUUGAAGGCAUAGACAUGAAAAACAAUAAAAUGACCUUUAAGGUCAUAGAGGGAGACCUGCUGGGACAUUACAAAAGCUUCAAGUUUUUAUUGCAAGUUACUCCAAAGGAAAAGGGAAGCGUUGUGAAUUGGGUCCUGGAAUAUGAGAAACAAAAUGACAAUACUCCUGACCCUUAUACCUUAUUGGAAUUGACAGUUGAGAUGAGCAAAGAAAUUGGUGCCUACCUUAGUCAAGACCAUAACUAAAUUUAAUGGCAAAAUAAACGUACUGUGUUUUACGCUAUUGCUAUCAGAGAAUUAAAAAUUGAUGUCUUAUGGGGCUUAUUUACCCCUUAAUUAAUGUCAUCAAUUAUAUGUAUGUUAAAAAAUUAAAUAAAUUAGGGUGAAAUAUGUUUUUCAUUCUCAUAAAUAUAAAAAUGUUUAAAAUUUA